AUGCCGGCCAUGGUUCUGCUUGGCGAGGAGCGGGAGCUUCAAAGCUCCGGUGGCUCCUCGCCUCGACGAUUCAGGAGUUCGCCUUUGGAGCCAAUGGUGCAAAUCUUGCCGUGUUUGCUCCAGUUCCUCCCACCUCAUACUCGGAGGUCUCUCUGCCAGCAAGAAUAUCGGGCUGUCCAGAGGGACGUGGAGCCAAAAUUGAGACAGGUCCAGGAGAGGCUGAGUGCCGAAGUUGACAAGUGGGAGGCAGAGUUCCAACAUGCCUGCGGCUCCUGUACUGCUGAGCUCUGCUUCGCCUCCAUAUGCUUAGCUCUGGUUGCAAAGCAGCCGAGGUUAUGUCAACUGGUGUUCCCGGUCAUAGGUAUCGCAGGUGGUGUUGUGAGCCUGAGCUGUGUGAUGCCGAUUUGCGUCAAGAGCGCUUUGGCGCGGCGAAGGAUGCAGCUGUUUCCAAGACAAGCGGCUGGCUGCCUGACAGCUCCACAUGAGCUAUAG